UCUUGUUAUUGCUUCUUGUCUUGUCUUUUUACCUUGUGUAGCAUAUUGAUGUGGAAACUGUAUAUUAAAUGAUAAAAUUUGGGAUAAAAUGUAUACAAAAUUUGCAUAUAGAUUGACUAUUUUAUCUAUACCGAUCGUCAUGCUUACGAUAUAUGCAUUACUUCACGAGGGUAAAUAUCUUUCAGCCACCAAGUCAAAUGUGGCCGAUGAAAAACAACAAAACAUAACUGUUCACAACUCCGUCAAAUCUAUAUUUGUUUCCACUUCUCCGUCAUCUUUCUCUCAAAGAAAUGAAUCAAGAGUUAGAAUUGGGCAACUAACAUCUGAGAAAAGUGUCGUGCUUACAUCAUUGUUAGACCCUAGAUUGGUCUCGACAAAUUUUUCACCCGAAAUUAAAAUGACUAAAGUAUCUUAUAAACGAGUAGCAUUUCUGAAAGUCCACAAGGCAGGAAGUACGACAGCACAAAACAUAUUUCUACGUUAUGGCGAAUCUCGCAAUCUCACGUUUGUACUUCCAAAAAUUCGACAAGAUCAUUGGGAUAAUGUUAUCGGUUUACAAUCGACUUUGAAUGUCAGAAAUAUUCUACCUCCUCCAAAAAAUAAAACAUACGACAUAUUAUGCUGCCAUGUUUUAUACGACAGUGAAGCUUUUCAUAAGUAUAUGCCAAAUGACACAGCGUAUAUAGGCAUUGUUCGUGAACCAUUUGAUCAGUUCCUGUCGACCUUGAAUUAUUUCAGAGCUCCAUAUAUUUUUGAAAAAAUAAAAUCACAAAGUAAAGUUUUAAAGUUUCUGCAAAAUCCUGCUCAGUAUGAAAAUGGUUUACCAUAUAAGUGGUCAAUGACAAACAACAGAAUGGCUGUUGAAUUUGGAUUUCCUUCUAAUCUCUUUCGUCAAUAUUCAGAAGAAGAAAGCCUGGACUAUUUGAGAAAACUUGAUAAGGAAUUCAAGUUUGUGAUUAUAAUGGAAUAUUUCACUGAGUCUGUAGUUAUGAUGAGACGCAUAUUGGGCUGGACUAUAAAGGAUGUUUUGUAUUUAAAGAAAAAUUCAGCACAAAAGUCAUAUUCAUUCGCCGAUAACACUCACAGACAUAUGUACGAAAGAUACGCUAAGUUAGACUACGACUUGUACAAUUUCUUUUACAGACGCCUGUGGUCACAGAUUCAAAAGGAGGGCUUAGACUUUCAAUUAGAGUUGUUAUAUUUUGAUCGAUUACGUAAAGAAGUAGAGGAUUAUUGUAUGUAUACACUAGAUAAAAGAAGCGGUUAUUUAAUCGCAGCUUCUAUGUGGUCUCCGGCAUUUGUGAUUUCUCGUGACGAUUGUGAUUAUCUUGAAAAGAAUGAGUUGUUUUUUGUGGAGGGGAUAAGAAGGCGUCAAUAUGGGUUCCAAAAAAGAGGAAAUUUGAUGGAAGCUGUAUUUUCAAGUUGGAAUAGAUCGCAUACAGGAUGA